CAGGAAUCGACACUCCCAUAUCAUUUUACCGCGCGCUGCUCAAUCAAUCCUUAAUUCACUUUGGACAGAUUCUAUAGCGUGGGACAAUAAUCACGUGAUUACAAACACCUUGGAAACGUGGUUCGCUUCAAUCUGACGUCACACGUUUCUCGGACUCGCGCUCUCAUAGUUUUGGAAUACUUAAAUGUUGACUGCUGUAUCCUUGGUGCCUCGAAAGUUGGUAAAUUCUUCUUGGUACCGGAUUUCUGAAUAAAGAUAUGAAGAUGAAGGAGAGGAUGAGACGGGAUUAAGUUUAUGACUGAAAACUAAGCAUGGUGUUUUGAAGACGGAUACCGUUUGGAUGGCAAUGUAAGGGUGCUGAUGACGUUGUGACGGAGCUGACAUGAGCUGCUUCUCAGUAUUCCGCGCCAUCACUGUACGUCUGCUCUUCUCAAGUCACGGAGCCAUUUCAAUAUGGCGGUUGUACGUGGUGACGAAGGACCAGCGUUUUUGGUACCUUGCGUGUGCGCUUGGUCUGCUUCUACUGGAAAUGACCGUCACCCUCGGCAAGAAGGGAGGCAAGGAGUGGAAAUGGUUCUGCCCGAGUGUUCUCAUCUAUCUGAUGUGUGUGGUUCCUGCCAUCUGGUUCCUGGAACUGAACGAGAUGGAGAGGCGGAUCCAGUUCCUAGCAGCAAACAACGGCACCAUCAUGCCGCAGAAUGAGUCCAUGGAAGAGAUGAGCACUACCCUUGGCAGUGCAUUUGGUUUCAGGUUCGAGAUCCGCAUCCCCAUCCUGAUGACGUCGGACGAGUGGAUCAGGACCCUAGAGCAGCUUCUGCUGCUGAUCCUCAUCCUAGGACGGUGGAUCCUGCCCAAAGGGAAGCUGACUCACGACCAGCUGUCGCAGCUGCUCCUCGUGUACAUAGGCACAGCUGCUGACAUCGUCGAGUUCUUUGAUGCUUUUAAAGAGGAAGUGGUGCGCUACAACAAACUCCUGUGUAUGAUAAUUCUUGGGAUCUGGACUUUGAGUUUGCUUCAGUUCACGUUAGUUCUCACAGCGUCGAGAGUUCGGCGAGAUCAGUCUGGGCUGGCCACAGAACAUCCCCCAGUGAAGAAGGUGGGUUGUUGUUCCGCCGACGUGUAUGGCAUUGUGAUCUCAAUCCUCCUCCAAGAUGUUCCCUUCCUGGUUCUCAGGAUGCUGCUCAUUUUCCGCUACGGUGUCCUUAGCUACACGAACAUGUUCUUCACGUCCAAAAACACUAUUGUGAUUGUACUUCUGAUAUACCGUCUGGUCGUGGUUCAGGUUGAGAAAUCACAGAAUGGUCGUAUCAAGAGGCUCAAACAACAUCGGUACCCUUACGACUUUCAGAGCAAGCGUUUGGUUGAUUCUAUGUCAUUGACCGACAGCAUCAGCACAUCCUGCAGCAGUUACUAUGACAGCAAAUCCAGACUGGUUGGGAGCUCCAGCAUUCACAGCAAUGGCUGGUUGGAUACUCCAAGGUCUCAGCUGAGACGGAAAGAAAAGCAACGGUUAGCAAGAACCUACACUCUGGAAGAUUUGAACACGGAUAUUUAGCCUUCAGUGAAACACCGAUACCGGGACACUGAUAAUCAGGGAGCCCCGAAUGGUUGAUAUCGGGAGCAUCUGUCUAAAACAGCCUACCGCAGAUUCGUUGACACGGGAAUGUGUUACUCCGAACGAUUUGUUCUGGAAGGAGAUGCCCAGUAUUAACGGGGUCGCUGUGAUUUUUAUCUUUGUGUUGUGUUCAUUAUGAGACAUUUCAUCGUGGUUGUUCUCCCGGAAAUUUGAAGAUAUCGUAUUUUUUACCAUUAUUCUGUUACAGGAAUCUGACUGAGCUACUCCUUCGUGCUUGGAAAUCAUUUGGCAUUGUCCAAAUACCAUCGUCCAAUUCAACUGCCUAUGAAUAUGUAUAUGUUAAUAUUUGUUUGUUGGAAGAGGGAUCAGUUCAUCUGAUUCUGACACCCCGGUCAAUAAUAGGCUACGGGUACCAAUCGGAUGUUUCUUCGGACGGCUUAAGAGAAUCAACUGAAAGAGGAUAAUGGAAUUCUACAAAUCUGAUGCUGUGUUUGUUCCAAGUUUGGCAUAUCGGAUUAUAUGUACCCAAAGACUAUUGUUCCUGGAAGACUAUUGCAUGGCUUCUGUGUGUCUGUAUUUCUGCUUGAGUCUCUCUAGAUGGCCCGGAUGGCAACUAGCGUAUGAGGAUAGGACAAGUUUGCCCUAUACGUGAUACACGUCAGACCAUUCACUGCACAGUAGAAGUACAUUGUUUACAAGUAUUGGUGUAGGACUGACCCUUCUCAUGUAUUAUCAGAGAUGUUUAAGGACAGCCGUUAUAAAUAUGUGCAAACAUGUCUGAAGAGAGGCUGAGUCUCAUCCUCCUUUCAGUAGUCUUUUUCACUAGUUUUGUAAGUGAAAACCCGGUUGUUGACAUGACAUGAUAAUUAAUUGUUUUCAGAUGUAAGGACGAUUUAACAUUUAAAAUACCUCUCCUUGCACAUCUUAAAAACUGAUGUGUUUUCGAAAUGGUUCACUUCCCAAAUCUUCAAUGACAUUUGUUCCAGUAAACUAUAUCAAAAUGAAACCUGGAUUGUUUCUAUUCAAAUGAAAAUGAUAAGUUGUGAUUGCACGGUUAUUUUGAGAUUGUUCUCAAACCAUUCGCUUGAUUCUGUUGUUGUGAUAGACUUUACUUGUACGUGUAUUGUGGGUCUGUUAUCGUUUUGUCUGGAGUCAUUGUUCAGGUGCCAUAUCAUCAUAAUAUCAUGGGCAUCAUGUUUGUACCAUGCGUAUACAAUGUGUGUACCAUGCUUGUACCUACAUUCUUGUGUGUGUGCAUCACGCAUUGUGUGUACAUGACGCAUUAUGUGUCUGCCUACACAUUAUGCGUGUACAUGACGCAUUAUGUGUCUGCCUACGCAUUAUACGUGUACAUCACGCAUUAUGUGUGUAUAUCACGCGUUAUGUGUGUCCAUCACGCAUUGAGUGUCUACCAACGCAUUAUGUGUGUACAUCAUGCAUUGUGUGUGUACAUCAAGCAUCACGUGUGUCCAUCACGCAUUGUGUGUAUACCAACGCAUUAUGUGUGUACAUCACGCAUUAUGUGUGUCUACCUACCCGUUAUGUGUGUAUAUCACGCAUUACGUGUGUGGUUCACGCGUUGUGUGUACGUCACGCAGUUUGUGUGUACAUCAAACAUCACAUGUGUCCCUCACGCAUUGUGAGUGAAACAUCAAUCCUCAUAUAUGUACAUAAUGCAUCAUGUAUCCUGACAUGGAUUAUGUGUGCAUGAUCAUACAUGUACCAUGCGUAUCAUAUCUGUUUGUACCGUUGUGCAGUUGUGUCUUCAGGGUUGUCAUUACCGUAUUCCUUCUGUGUAUAACUCGUUGCUUACAUCAUUCCCCAACUUGCGACACUGCUACUACUGAUACUGCUACUACCUUUGGUAGUUUUAUUUUAUAUUUGUAUGAAUGGUGAGCAAAUUUAUCUCUCGGAAAAUUGAAAUGCUUCGUGAGAUUAUUUGUAUAAUUUGAACAGUUUUCUGUGUGUCAUAACUUUUAGAAUACUUAUGAAAACGUGUCCCAGAAUAUUUCAUAAAAUAACACACACAUACUAUUUGGUAUUGUGUCAUACGUGUCCUUACAUUUGCAGGGAAAAUAUUUUAGAAAUAAAACUUCAAUUAACGGAUUAUGUUUCAUGC